UCGGUAGUCCAUGGCAGCUCCAACCUGGCUCUCCGGUAGUCCGUGCUCUACUCCAACGCCCUUCUCCUCCCUCAGGCCUCAACCCACCCCCCGGCUCUCUCUUUCUCUCUCUCUCAGUGUUCAUGGAUCCUCAGUUCUCCUCGAGUCCCUUCCUUCUCGACGUUCGUCCAAUCCCCUCCUACACGCAAAACUCUCAUCCAAACCCUAACCCUAGCCUUAUCCCCAUCACCGACCCCUCUGGCGCCGAUCUUCCCACCACCAUUUCCCUCCUCAAAGACCUCGCCGCCCUCGCCGAGACCACCCUCAAAUCCGUCUCCGACUUCCUUUCUUCCUCCUCCGUCGCCCCCUCCUCCUCCUCCGCCUCCUUCUGCCGCUGCCUCUACGAUCCCCGGCACCGGAUGCCUCCGGAAUCACUUUUCCGCCACUCCUUUCUCUGCUCCUCCGCCCCCGGCGGCCCUCUCCUCGACCUCGCCUUCCUCGACACCCUUCGCUACCCCUCUUCCUUCAAGUCCGAGGCCCAGCUCCAGAAGGAGAACCGCUUCAUCCUUCCCCUUCGCGGCGCGGAUGCCGACCUCUGCUUCUCUCUCGACGGCGAGCUCGGAGACCUCGGCUCCAACUUCUUCUACAAAGACUGCCCUGGCGUCGUGACCACGCCCGAGCCCGAUGCCUCCGGUAGGACCUUCACACUCCCUGGCUUCUUAUCCAUCGAGUGCGCCAACUUCGCCUCUGAUUCUGAUGAAAAAGGUGGUUUUUUGAUGGAGGGGGGCGUUCGAAUUCUUCCAUCGGAGUUCUGGGCUUUGAGAUGUGAAGUGGAGUCCUGGCGGGACUAUCCACUGUCAUACUCUUAUGCUGUUCUUCGGGUCGCGUCAAGCUUGAAUCAGGUGAAAGAGGAUGUUUUAAAGAGAUGGAUAAUCUCAAAUUCGCCGCAAUUUGGGAUUUUGAUUGACGCGCCAAUGAGGGAUCACAUAUAUCUGCUCUUCAAGCUCUGUUUGAAAGCGAUUGGAAGAGAAGCUCUUGCUUCUCUUAAGUUGCUGUUGAGCAAGGAUGGGCUUUUAGAUGCUAAACCUCCAAGUUUCGAGUGCCCAAGAUUACUUGGAAGCUUGACUUGGUUGUUGUCCCAGCUUUCAGUUUUGUAUGGGGAAACCAAUGGCAAGUUCUUCACGAUUGGGAUGCUUAAGGAAUCGCUGAUACAAGCUGGGUCAAGCUUAUUGUUAGUUAGAUUAGGAGAAAAGAAAGCUGAAGAGGAUGGCUGCUGGAAUGCCAUUGGAUUUGGUGUUAGUAGUAAGGGGUGUAAAUAUGGUGAGUCAAAUUCUAUCUUUGUGUCUCAGGUUGCAGCUGCAGUAGCUGCAUUGCAUGAAAGGUCCUUGCUAGAGGGAAGAAUCAAUGCUCUUAGAUUUCCCCAACCACUCUCCAAGUCUCAGCUAAUAAUGGAACAUUCAUAUGCAUCAGCCAGGGGUAGUGAGGAACGAGGAAAACGUCCUAACUAUAGACCUAUAUUAGAACAUGAUAUGCUUCCUGGGCAUCGAGUGCAAAACCAGGAUGGGGGCAGAGCCAAGACAAGAGAAGAGCUAUUAGCUGAGGAAAGGGAUUAUAAGCGGAGAAGAAUGUCAUACCGUGGCAAGAAAGUGAAGCGAGCUCCAAAAGAGGUAUUGAGGGACAUAAUUGAUGAGUACAUGGAGGAAAUCAAACAGGCAGGAGGGAUUGAAUGCAAUGUAAAAGUUUCCCCAGGAGCUGCAGUUUCCGCACACGAAUGCCAUUCUCAGAGUGAUGUAACUGCAAAUAUUAAUGGAUUACAAGGCAGUGGGUGCAGUGUAUCUGAUACAAGAAAAGAGAAGUCGCUACAUUUGGAUGUUUCUACAAGUGAAAAAUCAAACAUGAGCCAUGAUCUGCAAAAAAUUCACCAGAAACCAAAAUAUGAACACUAUGGACAUUGGGAGGAUCAUGAAGGAAGCAAGCAUAAAAGAGAAAAGAAAUACGGAUCUAGAAGCCCCUCAAGCCACAGAAAUUAUGCUCAAUUGCUUGAUCGAAAUGAAUACCAUAGGGACCGAGGUGAUAUAGCAGACAGGAAUGAUACUAGUUAUUCUUCAAGGUCAAAAGAGCAUAUCAGUCGAUCAACAUUAACUUCUAAACAUUUGAAGAAAGAAUAUGACUAUAUAUCAGACAAUAAAAAUAAAGAAAGAACUAGAACUUAUGAGAGUCAUAGGUCAGAAUCAGUGACCCAAGAUGCAUUUGGGGACAGGUAUGAUCCUUCUAGCUCAUAUGAUGAGUAUGGUGCCACCUACGGUGAUGUCUUUGUAGGCAGCAAUUAUCUCAGAUCAGAAUCCAGUCCAAGAAAUCAUGAUCAGUAUCAUGAUAAAGGAAGACAUGACCGUUCUACAAGAAGGCAUAACCAAAGUCAUCGUAAGAAGUAAAGUUAUUCCUUCCGUGUGAUUAUUAAGUUAUUCAGGCAUCAGGAAUAAUUUCUACAACUGUAUCCUUCUCUGUAUCCUCAUAUGAAAACACAUUAUUUUACAUGCGGAUAUCAACUUUGCUUAUCAUGUCUUCAUAAUGUCCACAUGCUCUUAGUUCUGUUACCACUGGAUUGUGCUUAUUAUCUCAGGAAUGCAAGUCAUAUUAUGCUAGAGUUAGUUAAGGGAUUUUCGCAUGUAUACCCUCCUCAAUAUAUGGAAUUUGUAAAUACCCUUGUAAAAUUGCUAUUUGCAUAUAUACCAUUAUAAAUUACUUUUUUUUGCAUAUAUACCCUUAUAAUUUUUUUCUUUGCAUGUCUACCUAUGCCAUCUAAUGCUUGAGGAAACGAGCUGUUUAAAAUUGAUAUGACUGAAAUACCCUUAAUACGUAUACACACAGAAAAAAUACUUUAUAAGGUUAUAAAAGCAAAUAGUAAACUUUCGAGGAUAUAGACGUACAAAAAAAAAUAAUUUGGAAGCGUAUACACAAAAAUAAUGAAUUUGUAAGGGUAUAUAUGCAAUUUCAAAUAUUUAUAAAGAGUAUACUGGUUAAAAUCCCUUUCUAUUGUGAUUGAAUUGGUUGUACUCUAGUCUAGUUCUUCUUAGUUGUGGAUCUUAUCUUCCAUCAGUUUCCUUCAUGUAUGAUAUUAUUUUUACAAUCAAUUAUAUGGAUUAAUAGUUUUAUGUAAUUGUAAUCGGCAUUAAAUCUUAGCGUCCAACCUUAGAAUCAGACAUACUUGCUUGAUUCAAUCUUAUUCUUCUAACCCGACUCUGUUUUAUUCCUGGAAUGUUGGAUCUUUUAGGUGACACCUGCAUGUCUGGACUGGAUCAUAAGCAGAAAAUAGUUGACCUCAACCAUAUCAGGUCUAAUCAUGAACUUAGAUACAAUAUCAUUCAUAAUUUUGGAUGUAAACAGACACAAGUACCUGCAUAUAAAGAAAUUAAUGCCAAAACAUAAUCAGAUCUUUUAAAUUAUGGUUAUAAAAAAACACAUCUACCUGCAAUUGUACCAAUAACUUUCCAUGACAUAUAUUGUAUAAAUCCAUCAACGAUACUUUAUAUAAAGCAAAACCCGUUAUAACUCAUCAAGAAUAGGACUAAUUCAUAACCUGCAUAUAAAGAAACUUAUCCAGAAGUGGGUAUAAACAUAACCAACACAUUUUAAAUCUGAUUAUAGAGCUAGAGAGGUUCACAAAAGCCUGUUAAUGUUGAUCAAUAUACAAAAUCUAUAGUAUCCAAAAGGACAAAUUAAAAAUACCUUCCACAAUUACAAGAUUUAUCUUUCAUUUGAUCCACAAGGCCACAGAUGUAUGAUUACAGCCCAAAACGAUGACAUGAUUGCAACCCCAAAAUGAUGAUGUGGUUACAACCCGAAUAUUGAAAACUUGAGCUUAUUGAGUAUGAAAAAAUCUCCAGCACUCUAGCAGAACAUGUGAUCAAAUCUGCAAUUAGCAAAAAAAUUACUGUGAAUGGAAUUCAACUCUAUAUCAACUAACAAAUUAUCUUGAAUGACAAAAUUGUGUGAGAAGAAGGCACAAAGCAAUUGUUAUUUCCUACCUAUUAGCAAUUAAGUGGCAAAAUUGCAUGAGAAAAAAGGCAACUACCAUUGACAAAAUAAGGUUAAAUAACAUUAUUGGUGCUUAUGAGUUGAUGUGCCAUGAAACUUUUAGAAGGCAUAUAGUACUGCUAUCAUGGCCUAUAAGUCAACAGGUUAGAUUAGGUAUAUAGCUGCAAAAUAAGCAUUCUAUAGAUUUUCAUGAAAAAAUUAACAGAAUAGAAGAUAGAACCACUAUCAAAGUUAGAAGUCAAGGUUGAUGAACCAAUGAAUUCCUUACCACAGGAUUAAAUAUAUCAAUCUCUUCAUGAGCGCAGUUCAGGUCACCAUUUUAAAUCACAGGAUUGAAUAUUUUCAAAUCCUGCAAAGAAAAUGAAAGAAUUAUCAGAAUAGACUAAAUACAGUAGCUUCCAGUAGCUUCCACGGCCUGCAGAUUCCCCAAAUAAAUGGAGGUGUAUGCAAUCAAAAGCCAAGAAUUCUGCAUAAAACUGCAGCUAUGAACUGGGAAAUCAAACUUAAAAUGUAUAUUGUGAUGCAUGAUACAUAUGCCACUGUUGACUUGAUACAAUAUAAAUAAAUAUCUUGAAGGUCAUAUGAAUAUAUUCUUAUGCAUGAUGUAUGACACCUUUGAUUGAGACAAUAUAAAAUAAAUAUCUUGAAGGUCAUAUAUGAAAUAGAUUAACUUAAGUUCUUACUAGUACAAUAUUGUAUAGACUGAUGUAUUACAAUACUAAUCCACAUGCUCCUAGGCAUAUAAGUGGAGUUCAUAUUUCCAGACUCCAACUUUGGAACUAUUUGUUUUUGUGAAAUUUGUCAUCUGUGUGAUUGCAAUUUGGAGAAGUUUAAAUAGAAGAUGCAUCCAUACUGAUUUGUCAUAAAAAAUAACAAAAUAUGUAGAAAAAGAAUGGUCGUCUACGAUGCAGAUGCACCUUAAAGGUUGAAAAUUUAUAUACUCAUCGCGAUAAAACUUAUUCUAAAGUAUAUUAUUUCAGAAAGAGAUUACAUUUUCCUAAGUAUACCUUUGUAUAUCUUCUGAAUGUCCAUUUUAACUAAUGUCGUGGAUAGAAUUGUGAUGUCAUGGGUAUAUACACACAAGAAAGUAUUUUAUAAGGGUACAAAUGUCAAUAGCAACUUUGCAGGUGUAUUCGCAUACAUAUAUUUAGGAAGGUAUGCAUGUGAAACGAGACAGGUUGGACUUGUUACCUAUUAGAGGGGUAAAAAGGGUUAAUUCACAAUUCUAAUUAAUUUUUAGUACAAAUAACCAUUUUAAUUAACAUCGUCGACAAGACUGUGAUGUUGAGAGUAUAUAUGGAAAAAAUAUUUUGUAAGGGUAUGUAUGCAAGAAGCAACUUUGUGAGGGUAUUCACACAAUUCUGUAUAUUUGCAAAAAGCCCUUAGUCUAAUUAUAAGCAAGAUUCUCUCUAUAUACUUCUCUGAAGUUUCGAGUAAUAUUUUGGAAUCAAGUUCUCUCUACGUACUUCUCUAAUGUUUCUACUAAUUUGUGAAUCAAGUCAGGGGACUGGUUGAUCCAAUCUCUAACUCCAACAUUGUGCUGUAAGUUUAAGUAUCAAAAAAUAAAUGAUUCCUUGAAUCAUUUUCUACUAUUAUCUUUUUAUUUCUUCUAUAUGAGAACCUGCUGAAAUGUUAUUCAUGGUUAAAUGCAUUUUACAUUUGAAUAUGGACUUGUAUUUCCCUCAUGGUUACAAUAUUUGGUCAUUUGGAUGUGUCCAAAAACACAAUAUGUCAAGGCAUUAACAUGAAAUGCUGCUAGGCAUGCCAAGUUGUGAUUGAACAUCUUUAGUUUGUGAUCCAGAUGGGCUGUUUUGCAUGCACCCUUUUAAUGGGUUUCAUCACAAUGUUUGCUCAGUCCAAAUGCAGUUUAGUAUUGCCAGAUUAUGUGCAUAUUGUAAGGUUUUUCUGUGAAUGAUGAACAUAAACUUAAAAUUUGGGCAAAGAAUGUAGACUAUCAAAGGCAACGCUGACAGUAACAUUCAUGUUCCUUCUUAUUUGAAAGCAGUUAGUAUGAAAUUUAUUGCACGUUCAAGUCUAACCCAAGUACUAUCAUAUUUUGAGGUCAUCUAUCGCCAAUUCUUUAUAAUUAGUUUUUGAGACGCUCUUCUAUUGAAAUUCUUCAGAAAGAAACAUUUCUUUGGAUACUUGUUAAGUGUUUAAAUUUUAAAAGGUGGCUGCAGUAUGUGGCUAUCAGGGAACAACAGAACCUACAUGCUGUUUGCAGACACAUACAGUAACAUACAUGGCUGGUAUUUUGUUUAAAAAUUCUGAAGUUCAUGCAAUAUUUAAAUUCCAAUAAUAACGAUCAUAGAAAUAGCAAGCUUUAGAAUGAAUGUACAUAAUCAUGGUCCAACUUUUGUCUGCUGCUCAUAUUAUAGUAAUUGUUAUAACUAUAACCAACAAACCUUGUUUCCUGUCUUUGCUUUUGGCUAUGAAUCUGUUGAUAAUUAUGAAGGUUACACACUCUAUUAUUCAGCUUUUUGUCAUUUUUUUUGGUUUUUCUUUACCACCCAGCACUAUUUUGAACCUUUUUUUUGUUACUGUCGCCUUAUGUGGUAUCUAUUACACAAGGAUAUUAUCUGUGUCAAUUUGGAUCUUCUCUAUUUUCCCACAUUCUGAUCUAUCAAGUUAUUCUGAGUCUUGCUGUUGGUUAAUUAACUUUGGUUCAGCAACCUCAGCAAGUUUUGAUCAUUCUAUCCUAACGUUUGGGGUGCUUGAUAUGAUCUAUUGAGGUACUCAUAUUAAUUCUAACUCGAGCUGCCUCAUUUUUUUGUUUGUUUUUCUUUAAAAAACUAAACUACACAAACAUAUAUAGCACAAACUAAAAAUGCUUGUAUUAUUUGCUUUUAUAUGCUACUAUCUUGUAAAAGGUUGCAUAGAUGGUCAACUUUUGUACUAGGUUAGGAAAAUGUUUACAGAAUAUAUAAUCCUAUUAAAUUGGUUUGCUCACAAAUUCUCAAAUUUUAGUCCAUUUCUUUAAUUACGAAUCAUGCUGAAAGCAGUAAUCAAUUUCAAAUUUGUAAUAAUCAAUAUAUUUUUCAUUGCAAGAGAGUCAAAUUGCUUCUCACUUAAAUAAUUUCCCAAACUCGAGAUUAGCUUUUAAUUCUUUCUUUGCUUAAUCAAGCUUUUGUCAUGUUGUUCCAAACAUCGAUUGACGCCUAUACUCUAAGAAUGCUGAUAGCAUCUAUCUGUUCGUGAUUGUUGAAUUAUCUGCCAAUGGUGCAUAUCUGCCUGAACACCUCUAAAAGAAAUUUCCAUUAGAAUGAAGGUAAUAAUAUGCAUAUAUGUAUGUACACACACAACCAUAUGUAUCUACAUAUAUGUGUGUGCAUGUGCAUGUAAUUCACAUAUAUAAGUACACAUAUUUAUAUGUGCAGACACAAAAUUUUGUAUGUGUAUAUACAAGAUCAUUUUGCUUCUUAUUUCAUUGAAGUGUGUGCCAUGCUUUGUACUUUGCACCUAGGCUUGAAAAGACCUUGGUGCUUCACUUUUCCUUGGUCUGUUGGAAACUUCAUAAUUAACACAUACCAUAGUACAUCUUGAACAUAAUUUGCAAUUUCAUGCAUAAUUCGUAUUGUAGAGAUGAGCAUGGACUGAUCCUUAGUCCAAGCCUAUUGUGACUGAAAAUACACUUGUUAUAUCAUAAUAAUUGUUAAAGCAUAUUUCAUGCUCUAGAAUGCAUGUCUUCAAUGAUCUGAAUGUACUACUUAUGUAUAUCUUACAUCAAGGUCUGCCGAACCAGUAUCGGGGCUUAUACUAGCUAGUGACCGGUUUGGUAUGAUACCCGUUUGUAUCAUACCAUUCUGAGGCAUACAAAAUAAGGAGGGGGAGAGCGAGGAGAGGAAGAGAGAGGAGGGAGGGGGAGAGAGAAGGAGAGGGGAGGGAGAGGGAUCUAUUGUCAUUGCACAAGAAAGAGAUCUUAUGAGCCUCACUUUUCUGGCCUUCGACGUUGCACCCAUUGCCUUAAAGAGCCUAGAUAGGCGGUGAUCUUGCCCAUGAUGGUCACCAACGACCGUGGGAGCGGGACUAAUGAUGGUGGCAAGGGUAAGAUCCGCCCCAUUUGAUUGCAUAUAAGUGACUCAAGGUAGAUCUGGAGGUCGUAGGUGAUGAUAAGGCCGAUGCUGGCACCACGCAGAUCCCAUGCAUCACUAGCAUCAUUGGCCUCAGUCAAUGCUUGAUAGUCAAGAUCGUGGCCUAGGGAGCAUGAAUCUGGUAGCAGAGGAUGCCUUGGGUGACGGAGAACUUGGAGGAGGAUGUAACUGUGAGGCUCGUUAUCGCCAUGCCUUUUUCUUUGUCUCCUCCCGUUCUUCGUUGGACGAACCGUCGCCAGAGAAGGCGGUGACAGGAGAGGGAGAGGGAGAGGGAGAGACGAGCGGUGAUUGGGACCAUGGGGUUUUGGGAGGGUCGGGGGUUUAUUAAGGGUCGAACCAUCUUGGUUGUUGACAAGUUUAGUUCGGUACGGCCCAAACUUUUUGGUUUGAGAUGGUUUGGCUAACCUUGUCCUGCAUAAACCUAUCAAAUUACCUUUUUUGAUCCACUAUAAUUUCAGUAAUAAAAAUUGUAUAUAGCUUAUUGCCUUUUUUAAUAUUUUUCUAUUAGUUGCAUGAGUUAGAAGAUAACCUCAGUUGUUGAUCUUUUAUGCAUAUGUCCAAAUUAGUUCUCUGAAAUUUAUCUUCACUACAUUGAUAACUAUAAUAAUUUUUUGCCUCAUUAUUAUACAAAGUAUUGCAAUAUUUCUAUUUCAAUCAUUUAAUUCAUUCUUGGUUGUUUAAAACUUCUUAAAUAAGUUGGUAAGCCACAGUAGCCCAAUAUCUCAUGAUUUUUCGAACGUCAAUUGGUAUUUCAUUUGGCUCUAAUGCCUUACACUCUCACAUCCUUUUCUAAGCUACCUCCACUUUUAGGUUUGGGACUUACAUCACCAGAAUCGUAACACCUCACAAAUUGUGCUUGAUAAAUAUUUCUUUAGUAGAAACAGUAUUUGAAAAUAACAGCCUUGUCUUUUUUAAAUUCCCUAUCUUUCAUUAAUAUCCUUUUAUACUCUUAGUGCAUCUAACUUGAUCAAUAUCUUUACAUUUCCUCUCGUACCAGCCUCUGAAUCCAACCUAUUGGUGUUUUAAAAGGCGGCUGCAAUAGGCAGAUGGCCAAAAACUGUAUAGUGCAUAUGUAGUCAGUACUUUUUAAGUAAUUAAAAAUAAAUAAAAUAAAUCAAAGUAAUGAUAGUAGUAUUAUUUUCGUUGAUAAACAAUGAUAUUAUUGAUCACAACAACUAACAGUUGACGCGUGGUAUUUAAUGCCUAACAACAAUAGUUAUGAUAAAUAUUUAUUAUUAAUAAUACCUGUAUCUAGCUAGUCUUAUACCUAUAUCCAAUCCAACCGUCAGCUUGAACUCGCCCCUUCUGCGUGGGCCUAUAUAAGAGUGAACUUCAUAUAUGGCUGCACAGUGCUAAAUGGACUCUGUGUGUGGCUGCACAAAGCUAUGCGAACCAACUUUUGGGCUUAUACAUGGGCUGAUUGCAUAUUAACCACAUUGGAAUGCAGGUCAAGGGACUACAUUUGCAUAUACAGCUUUAUAGACCUGCAGGACCUUUAUAUCAUCUGUCCAAUGCGAGGCAAAGCAUUGAUGGUGAUGAACAUUUGAAGGUGUCACAAACUACAAUGAAAUAGAAUCAUUUCCAAUGACCUCUGUGAUUCUACUGAAGUCAAGCUGAGAAGAAUCUUUGAGCAUCAGACGCCAGGUAUCAUCACUAUAGGCAAACUUUUCUGUCAUAUGAUUGAAAUGUUCCAUCACCUGCGAGUUCUCCACAACAUGAUAACCAGAGCAGUGCUGUUCAGAAUUAUUGGUUGACGACUGAUUAACAUUUAUUACUCCUCCAGCAGCAGCAAGAUUUGUCAUAUUUUUUGAAACCAGAAGUUUUUGAUUUUCUUUCAUUGCAUUGUACUGUCACAUGUUGCCGUUCAUAAUCUGACUACGCUAAUAGAAAUGUCGUUUGUCAUAAUCUCCAAAAUCGGAAGAGUAUUUUUCUUCACAUGCAUUAUGCUUCA